CUCCCCUCCCCGCCGCCGCGGAUCCCUCUCUCGUGCCGUCCGCUUCGUGCAUGAAGCUGUGCUUGGCUGUGGGGGGAGACAGGGUGGUCGGGGUUUGAUCGGGAGGGUAGAGAGUGGGGAGGUUGCACUGUUUCUUGGGUUGGGGCCUGGGGGCGCGGUGACGGGGAUGCCGGACUCCGACAACGAGUCCGGGGGGCCGAGCAACGCGGAGUUCUCGUCGCCGAGGGAGCAGGACAGGUUCCUGCCGAUCGCGAACGUGAGCAGGAUCAUGAAGAAGGCGCUGCCGGCGAACGCCAAGAUCUCCAAGGACGCCAAGGAGACGGUGCAGGAGUGCGUCUCCGAGUUCAUCUCCUUCAUCACCGGCGAGGCCUCCGACAAGUGCCAGCGCGAGAAGAGGAAGACCAUCAACGGCGACGACCUGCUCUGGGCGAUGACCACGCUGGGCUUCGAGGACUACAUCGAGCCGCUCAAGCUCUACCUCCACAAGUUCCGCGAGCUCGAGGGCGAGAAGGCCGUCGGCGUCGCCGGCGCUGCCUCCUCCGGCUCCGGCUCCGGCUCCGGCUCGCAGUCGCAGCAGCAUCACGACGCCUCCCGGAACAAUGGCGGCUCCGGCGGGUACGGCAUGUACGGCGGCGGCGUCGGCGGCGGCAUGAUCAUGAUGAUGGGCCAGCCUAUGUACGGCUCGCCGCCGGGCUCGGCUGGGUACCCACAGCCGCCGCCGCACCACCACCAGAUGGUGAUGGGAGGCAAAGGCGGGUACAGCCACGGCGGCGCCGGCGGGCCCUCGCCGCCGUCGGGAUACGGCCGGCAGGACAGGGUAUGACCUUGCCCUGCAUGAAGAAGGCUUCUUGGUUGGUGUUUUGGUAAAUCGGAGGACGUGUCAUGGUUAAUUACUCUUAAUCUCUUUUUUUUCACUCUUUUUUUUACUUCUUUCUCUCUCUCUCUUUUCUCUUAAUUUUCUCAAUGUGCUAAGAUGAGUCAAUUAUAUGGUUAAAUCUCCCUACUAAUUAGUUGCCACUGACCUCUUGAUGUCUCCAUGUUUCUUUGGUUUUUGUGCUGCUAAAAAUGACUAAACAAGCUUCAUUUGGGUGACUUUUCUACUACAUGAUUGUGGCACUGAUGAGAUUUGUAGUACCAGAAGUGCUUGAUUGGUGUUACAUAAUGCCGUGCAGAUGAUUUUGGAAUUUACAGUGU